AGGCAGCUGCCUCAGUAGUGUGCGAACUGUCUAGCCAAACAGUGGUGAAUGGGAGCCUAUUCUCAACCCUCAUGCAUUUCCCACCCAAUCUGAGUUAGUGGUUUUUAAGAUAAACCGUUUGGUUGAGGAGCCAGGUCGAGUGUUUGUGUUGCCUCCCGCGUCGGGAUCUGACGAAAUACCUGCAUAAUGUUCAAAUAUCUGGCCGCGGCCAAGGUAUUAAAGAAACACAAUGCACAGGUGGAUAAUGCGGUGUUCCACCUGCAUUAUCGUGUGACGUUUGUGGUAUUUGUAAUAUCCGGGGCACUGGUCACUGCCAAGGAGUUCAUUGGUGCCCCCAUCCAGUGCAUCUCCAAGUCACUACCCACCAAUGUCCUUAAACCUUUGCUUCAUUAUCCACUUUGGUUACUAGCAUACAAGCCUUGGGAUGUGUCAGGGGUCGAUGCCCUCGUCUCAGGCCCUGACCAGGCUUCCAUGGUGGAUCACAGGAUGGGUAUGUGGUUCUUCGUGUGUGAGGCACUGUGCCUGGUGGUGGCAGUGGGUAACAUAUACUUCACUGACCUCUUCCUGGGUGGCACCUUCAUGAAGUAUGGAACUGAGGUCAUCAACUUCCCUGAUAUGGACCCUGAGAACCGUGUUGACCCUAUGACACGCAUCUUUCCCCGUGUCACUAAGUGUACCUUCAGGUGA